AUCUCACUCGCCAUACUUUUCUCUGUGUGUCCGUAUCACUCAGUCCAUCUUUGGAGCGCGAGGGGAAAAAGAGGGGGAGCCGAGACAGUCGCCCCACCGUGUGAGACAGACAGGUCUUCUCUUGCACCACAGAGAUCAGCCUUCGCCUGACACAUCCCGACUUGUUUAGGAGGGAGUGUGACGAUCAGGGAUCUCAAUGGAAACUGAAGACUCACGCUCAACGUUAAACGUGAGAGCCUGCACGAUGGAGAGCUUCAGCGAGCUGCUUCUUAAACUCAGGGAAGUCCAUGAGCGAGAGCUUGAGGGGUGGCAGAUGAAGGUGCAAGAGUUGUCCAACAAAAAGGGCUGUGAUACAAAGCGGAUGGAGGAGCUGUUCACAAAGAACCAACAGAUGAAGGAGCAGCAGCGAUUACUCACCGAAAACAUCAAAACACUUGAGAACAGGCUCAGAGCAGGCCUGUGUGACAGAUGUACAGUCACUCAAGAGGUGGCCAAGAGAAGGCAGCAGGAGUUUGAAGUCUCUCAGAUGCAGACCAUCCAGCACAUCACACUGCUAGCUGGAGAGACAAAUAUCCUAAAAAAGGAAAACAGGAGACUACGAGAUGAGAUCGAGAAUCUAAGAGAAGCAUUAAUCAACACACCUCUGGAAGCCAAACCAAACAUCUCCCCUGACCUUUCACCUUCUUCUGGACCUGUGUCUCUCAUUGGCACGGCAACCGGGAGGGGCGCCGCCGACCAGCCAAUAGAUGGCAAAGUUGGACUGAAAGCAGACACAAACCAAAGGGCUGAUGAACCUCAGUCUGAAUUUAGACAGCUGCAAGCAAUGACCAAGAGCCACUUUGCUGGAUCGACUUUGACUUCACCAUCCUGGAAGACAGACAAUAGCGCAACACAUGGCGAGAGGAGAUCUCACAUCACAGGAGCCCUGGACCAGCCGCCCCCAGUCCCCUCUCAAGCUCUUCUUCUGAAGACCUCCUCUUCCUCGCUCAAUGCCGACAUGAAUCCAAGCAGACACGCGCUCAAGGCCCCCGUCCCCUGCCGUCCUCAACCAAUAAAGAGCAGUCAUGUUCCCUUUCCUUGGGGUCUACCUGAAUCUUCUGCUUGGGCUUCCAUGGCCACUUCAGGUACAAACCUGGUGAGGCCCCCUUAUCUAAAAUUGAAUCUUCCUCGAUUUCCCAACUUGGUUGUACCUAGCCAGCACACCGGCCUUUCCAGCAAUCAAGAUCAUGUUUAUGGGUCCCAGUGGCACAAGCAUAGCAGCUCUCAGGGCCCCAUUAAAGAACCGACCUUGGUAUUUAGGGUGAAUAAUCUCUCGGAGCACACCGAGAUUCUGGGUAAGUCCCAGGAGAAAAAGGAAAUACAACCGUCCAGCACCGAAAAGGAUUCUGGGGACGGACUCAGAGAUCUCUGCGAUGGUCCUCUAGAUCUGUCCGAUAGAGGAAAGUCCAAAUCCAGCCAAACGCCAAAACAUGAGCUUUCUCUGUUCUCACAAGAGGGAGAGGAUGUAGACAAGAGACUUGACAAGGAAUUGAGGCAGAGUCUUCCCACACAUGGUCAAGUGGCAUCACCUUCUGCUUCUCCAUCUUUGCCGCCACCUUUACCUGUGUUCACACAACUGGAAGAAGUCACGCAACAAAAACACAAGCAGGUGGUAAAAGAGCAUGUGGAGCAGAAUAAAGAGGCAAACGGAAAGACAGAACAGAACAAUGGGAAGAAGGUGCCUGCCCUCACUAUAUCAUUACGACCAGUAGUGGUGCUGGAGACCCUUCAAAAGCAAGACGCCUUCGCAACAAAUGGAAAGUCACCACCGCCACCAGUUGAGCCAGGAAGCUCAGAGAAACAGGUAGAGGAGGAUGAAGAGGAGGAGGAGGAAGAGGGGAAUGUAUCAGAACAGGAAACCAACCAUAGCUACAAAAGGAAGAAAUUAUUUAUGGACACGGAAAUGGACCAAGACUCGGACACAGACGCCAUGGGAAAGGCAAAGAAGGUCAAGAUCACCUUGAGAGCUCAUGAGAAGACCUCCAGCUGACUGGAGUGGACUUGAGUGCUAUCACAUUGAAAAAAAACUCUGAGGAGUAAAAUAAUUUACUUGGAAUUGGGGAUACACAAACUAUUAGAGUACAUUAAGCAUUUGGUCAUUGAAGUCUUAAAAGACAUUUAGCCAUUUUCAAAGUACAACCCCAAUCUCAAUGAAGUUGGGACAUUGAGUUAAACAUAAAUAAAAAACGGAAUACAAUGAUUUGCAAAUCACAUUCAACCUAUAUUUAAUUGAAUACACUACAACAACAAGAUAUUUCAUGUUCAAACUGAUACACUUUAUUGUUUUUCGCAAAUAAUCAUGAACUUAGAAUUUUAUGGCUGCAACACGUUCCCAAAAAGCUGGGACAGGCUCAUGUUUACCACUGUGUUACAUCACCUUUUCUUUUAACAACAUUCAAUAAACGUUUGGGAACGGAGGACACUAAUUGUUGAAGCUUUGUAGGUGGAAUUCUUUCCCAUUCUUGCUUGAUGUACAGCUUCAGCUGUUCAACAGUCAGGGGUCUCCGUUGUCGUAUUUUACGCUUCAUAAUGCGCCACACAUUUUCAAUGGGAGACAGGUCUGGACUGCAGGCAGGCUAGCCUAGUACCCGCACUCUUUUACUACGAAGCCACGCUGUUGUAACACGUUCAGAAUGUGGUUUGGCCUUGUCUUGCUGAAAUAAGCAGGGGCGUCCGUGAAAAAGAUGUUGCUUGGAUUGCAGCAUAUGUUUCCCCAAAACCUUAUGUACCUUUCAGUAUUAAAGGUGCCUUCACAGAUGUGUAAGUUACCUAUGCCAUUGGCACUAACACAGCCCCAUCCAUACCAUCACAGAUGCUGGCUUUUGAUUUUUGUGUCCAUAACAGUCCGGAUGGUUCUUUUCCUUUUUGGCCCCGAGGACACGAUGUCCACAAUUUCCAAAAACAAUUAAAAAUGUGGACUCGUCGGACCACAGAACACUUUUCCACCUUGCAUCAGUCCAUCUUAGAUGAGCUCGGGCCCAGAGAAGUCGGCGGCGUUUCUGGGUGUUGUUGAGAAAUGGCUUUUGUUUUGCAUAGUAGAGUUUCAAGUUGCACUUACGGAUGUAGCGCCAAACUCUAUUUACUGACAUUGGUUUUCUGAAAUGUUCCUGAGCCCAUGUGGUAAUAUCCUUUACACAUUGAUGUCGCUUUUUGAUGCAGUGCCGCCUGAGGGAUCGAAGGUCACGGGCAUCAAUGUCGGUUUUCGGCCUUGCCGAUUACAUGCAGUGAUUUCUCCAGAUUCUCUGAACCUUUUGAUGAUAUUAUGGACCAUAGAUGAUGAAAUCCCUCAAUUCCUUGCAAUUGUACGUUGAGGAACAUUGUCCUUAAACUGUUCGACUAUUUUCUCCCGCACUUGUUCACAAAGAGGUGAACCUCACCCCAUCAUUGCUUAUGAGCAAUUCAGGGAAGCUCCUUUUCUACCCAAUCAUGGCACCCACCUGUUCCCAAUGAGCCUGUUCACCUGUGGGAUGUUCCAAACAGGUGUUUUUCCAAACAGGUGUCCUUUUUGCCACCUGCCCCAGCUUUUUUGGAACGUGUUGCAGCCAUAAAAUUCGAAGUUAAUUAUUAUUAUUACGUUUAUCAGUUUUAACAUUAAAUAUCUCGUCUUUUUAGUGUAUUCAAUGAAUAUGCUUUGCAAAUCAUUGUAUUCUGUUUUUAUUGAUGUGUAACGCAAGGUCCCACCUUCAUAGGAAUUGGGGUUGUAUUUAGGGUUAAACGUUCAUGAACUGGAAACUGUCUCUUAAAUGUUAAACAGUCUCUCACCCAGCGAGAAUGCCCAAGAAGCAAAUACAUUGAGAAUUAUAAAGCUAGUUAAAAAGCAAUCCUUAAACGGCCUGCAAAUAUCCCCCAAGUGACUAUGAGUAGUAAAGGCGAUGAAAACGGAGCACGGCAGCCCCCGAGUGUCUCAACAGUGACGCUCUCUGGAGAUGCCUGCAAAUUGUUUCUCUUUUUUUCUCAAUCCUAAAAAAAACCCAAAUGACAGCAGCCGGUCAACUUAUGCAACACUAUAAGGGCAACGAAACUGAAACACUGUGAAUUGAAUGGUAGCAAUGAGUCUGUAAGGAACACUCUUCAAUUGUCAAUUCCACAGGUAAGUAUUAUAUGGUAUUCACACCAAAUUAGGAAGCGCUGUGAUUGCUGACUUCUGUUUAUUGAAUGCACUUAAAUGGUAAAUGGGCUUUCUCUUGCAUAGCGCUCUUCUACGUACAAGUUUCUCAAAAUGCUGUCACACAGUUUCCUAAUUCAUCUACUAACGGCACAGACAUUGGGAGUUCAACUUCUUGUACUACAAUAAUUUGCCAUUUAUAUUACACAGUAAUUAUCAAAUAAUGACUCUAUUUUGCGUUCAGCAGUAUAGACUAUAUGCUUUCAAACACACUCACCAAGUUUCAAUACACACUGUAAUCUUGUUCAUGAAACAUGUUCGGAACUACUUCACUUUCCUGGCAUUGGUGUCACCGUUGAGUUAUUUUUUUACCCUAAAGUCCCCCUCCUCUCGCCUUUAGUCUCUUAAGUGGCCCAACAAAGGAGGGGGGGAGAGUGGGAAACGAGUAAACAACUUCCUCUUCCUCUUUUUCAUUUUCAAAAUGCACAUAUUUCGCAACUACUAACUUUCCACUUACAGCUGUGACAGCAUCUGUUCAUACGGAAGGGUGCGUGCGAUAAAACUACAGUUACCCUGUUGGUUUAAUAAUAGACUGCUGCAAAGUCACUGUGGCUGUUGUCCACCUUGACAAUGCUCAGUUGAAUUACUGGGUCAUUAUUUUAGUUCUCCCCAUGCAGUACAUUUGCACUUUUUGAGUAGAUUUCUUUGUUUUGUUUUUUUUUUACAUUUGUCUGUAUCCAUCACGUAUAUGAGUAGUCGAUUUUUUUUCCUGUUGUAGUUCAUUUAAUUAAAUAUACAUUGAAAACUGA